UAUUAGCGUCUCGACCACAAGCGGUGGAGGGCUCGGUUAGUCGGGAGUCUGGAGGAGCUGGCUGGGCAGCGCACACUUCACAGGCUCCCGCAUACGUCCGACCCUCAGCUCGUGUUGCUCCGUCGGCAGUGGAGGUGAUGAUGGCGGCGGCUGUUGAGAGAGGAGGCUCCCGGGCCGCUUUCCUGAGCCCGAACAGCAGUGCCGGUUGUAUACCUGCGCCCUCGACGCUCCCUGCCGGAGCCCUGGCCGGGGCUGUUGUGCUGGGUUCGAGCUCGGGCUCCGGCGGCAUGCCUGUCCCGAUGAACCUCUUUGCAACCUGGGAGAUAGACCGAUCAUCCCCGAACUGCGUCCCAAGGCUGUGCAGCCUCACGCUGAAAAGACUCGUCGUGCUCAAAGAACUGGACAAAGAACUGAACUCGCUCUCCAUUGCAGUCAAAAUACAGGGUUCGAAGCGCCUCCUGCGAUCCAACGAGUAUGUCCUACCACCCAGUGGACUAAUGGAGACAGAUCUGGAACUCACAUUCUCACUACAGUACCCCCAUUUUUUGAAGAGGGAUGCCAACAGACUACAGAUCAUGUUGCAGAGGAGGAAACGCUACAAGAAUCGAACCAUCCUGGGCUACAAGACUUUGGCUGUGGGAGUUAUCAAUAUGGCCGAGGUGAUGCAGCACCCCACAGACGGAGGCCAGAUUCUCGGUCUCCAUAGCAACGUGAAAGAAGCGCCAGUGCGUGUGGCGGAGAUCAGCGUGUACUCUCUGUCCAGCCAACCCAUCGACCAUGAGGACGGCAGUGGACAAGCUGGCCGAAAGACAAAAACCUCAGACCGCUCCCCAGAUAUGGACAACUAUUCUGAGGAGGACGAUGACAGUUAUUCAUCCGAGCAGGAAGCUAGUGAUGAUGCGGCUCAUGGCCAGGAUAUUUAUGAUGAAGAUGAUGAGCUUCGCAAGCCCAAGAAAGCCCGGAGGAAAAUGAUACGGACCACCUCCAUGACGAGGCAACCAAACUUCAAGCAGAAAUUUGUGGCCUUGUUGAAGAGGUUCAAGGUAACCGAUGAGGUCUUAGACUCUGAUCCAGUAGACCAGACCCAGGAAGUAGAAGAGGAUCUGGACUUACUCUACGACAGUCUAGAAGUAUACAACCAGAGUGACAGCGGGCCGGAGAUGGAAGACAAUGAAAGUGUCUUGAGCACACCCAAGCCUAAGCUUAAGCCGUUUUUCGAGGGGAUGUCUCACUCAAGCUCCCAGACAGAAAUCGGAAGCAUACACAGCCAAAAAAGUCAACCGAGAGAGCUGUUAUAUGCUAGUGGAGACUUUCUCACUGUGGACAGAUGUAAAGUGCAAGGGGCUCGCUAUCAAGAGGACAGUCUUAUAGACACUAUCAUCGGGGAGCCAGAGACCGAUGACAGCGGGCCAGGGCCAGUGGAGGUGAGCAGCUGGGACGUCAACACUGAACGGAUGACUAGCACUGUUGGCAAGCUUUGCAAGACCGAGUCCCAAAACCACAUGUCUCCAAGUAAAAUGGAGAACAAGCUACAGCGGCGUCCACGCAGCACCUCCAUGAAAGACAGACAGAAUUCCAAGGCUCAAAGUGACCGCACCAGCAGCAUAGAGAGCGAGUGCUCCCCAGAAUCAAGACUCAUAGCACAGGUGCCCAGGAAGUCUGUGUAUGACCAGUUGAACCAGAUCCUGAUCUCUGAUGAACGCUUGCCCGAGAGCAUCAUUCUCAUCAACACAAUGGAGUGGCAAGGACAGUAUGUUGCUGAGUUGCUCCAUGAACAGGCCCAGCCCAUUGUGUCCACCUGCUCAGCUGCAGAUGUCCAGGCUGCCUUCAACACCAUCGUUACUCGAAUCCAGAGAUUUUGUAAUUGCAAUGCGCAGACUCCGCCCACAAUGAAGGUGGCAGUUGCAGGUGACCAGAGUUACCUGAGCACCAUCCUGCGGUUCUUUGUGGAGCAGCUGGCCAACAAGACCCCUGACUGGCUCAGUUACAUACGAUUCCUGGUCAUCCCUAUUGGCUCUCAUCCCCUGGCCAAGUACGUGGCCUCGUUUGACAGCAAGUUCAACAGUAUCUUUAUGGACACCGCAUGGCGGGAGCUGUUCUGCAGGACGGAACGGCCCACCUCAGAUAACAUUGACGUAGCAGGGCGAGUUGUUCAGUAUCUGGCUGGUGCCAGUGUGUCCCACCAGUUUCCCAUCUCUGAAGCCAUGCUUACCUACAAACAGAAAAGCCCUGACGAGGACUCCUGUCAGAAAUUUGUGCCAUUUAUUGGGGUUGUGAAAGUUGGAAUUGUGGAGCAAAGCCUCUCAACCUCUGUGGAUUCUGAUGAUGCUAUGGGGGUCAACACAAGCAUCCUGGCCUCCCCUACCCCGCCCUCGGCUGGUCCGUAUGGGAAGGAGAUCGGGGGAACACCCCCACAGUCGCCCUCUGUGUCCACUGCCCUCUCCGGAGCUGGUUCUCCGUGUUCUGGCAGCGAGGUGAUGGGCCUGCAGGUGGACUACUGGACGUGGCAAGGCCCCGAGAAGAAAAAAGAGGGCGAGAAGCGGGACGUGGGACUGAAAAACACGCUGAAGAGUAACUUCCGCUCGCUACAAGUCAGCCGCCUGCCCUGUGCGGGGGAUAUCACCCCUCCACCCAGUAUGGCCAUGACUGUCGUCACCAAGGAGAAGAACAAGAAAGUCAUUUUUCUCAGCAAGAAGCCGAAAGAGAAAGAGCUGGACUCAAAGAGCCAAGUGAUCGACGGAAUCAGCAGGUUGAUCUGCACAGCCAAGCACCAACACACGAUGCUGAGAGUCACCAUCGAUGGAGUGGAGUGGAACGACGUCAAGUUUUUCCAACUUGCAGCCCAGUGGCCAACUCAUGUCAAGCACUUCCCAGUGGGAAUCUUCGGUUACACCAAACCCGUGUGACCUCAGCAGCCGUCCUCUUGGAACCGGCUAGACUCUUCUGCGCUGCACUUGUCUCACCCAGAGACUCCACAGAAUUUGAGGGAAAGCCGACGGCAGUAAUAGUUUUCCUGUGGAAAUCUUACUGACUUCACAUCCAUGUGUUCAUGUUCAAUACACACCUUCACGUUGUCCUUCCCGUGUUGUGGAUGUUGGCUGUUGUUUGUUGGUUUCCUUUCUUUCUUUUUUCCUUUCUUUCUUUUUUUUUAACACACUACAAAAAGAACAAGUACUAUUUUGUAAGAGUUGUGCUACCGCCUUGGAGGUCCUUUGACUCGUUUGACAAUUUGCCACAUUUCGACAAUGGCAGCUAUGUUUGCACUUUGGUUUUUGUUAACAUGUUAUUAUUUCUGUGAAAUCCUACAUGUAUUGUUACUCUGUAGAAAAUGGAGAAGUGCGAUGGUGAUGUGCAGUGGCGUGUGUGAGAUUUUUGAGGCCGUGGUAGUCAUUGGAAUAUUGCUGUGAAUCUUGACCGAAACAUUCUUUGCUUUUCUUGUUCGUCCUUUUGCUUUUUUUCAAAUUCUCACUGCAAAAAACUGACAGGACUUCGCUUCAGUGUAUUUUAAAGCAACAAAUACUCAUUUUGGUAUUCUGAAGGUAGCUAUAAUUGACUAAUGCACAUUUUUAUAUCACCCAAAAGUUCAUCAAGUAAUCCCAGUCCUGAAGACUUGACACAAUCACUUAGAAACAGGGUAUCGUGAGACAAAAACAAACACAUCCCCAAUAGUUGAAUGCCAAAUUUGCUUUUUCUAAGCCCUGAUAUGUUUGGUAGUGUAAUUUACCCGAGUGAUGUUUUUUCUGCCUUUUUGAGUGAACAGCAUUUGCACUGAUCAUGAUGCUUUGGUGUCUCAUAGACCCCAACUAAUUUAGCAGCCAGUGGCUAAUCCACAUGUGCAUUGAUGUGCCAAAACUAUAUAUAUAUUUUCCUUCUGUCCCCAAUGCUUUUGGCCUGCUUGAAGUGAAACGCCUACGUGACGCAUAUGUGGUAGAAAUCAGUAUUGGCAUUACUGAAUCGUUGGAAGUAAUCGAAUUUUAUCCGUCAGUCAAUAGAUAUGUACAUCCCAACCACAUUUUAUACAGCAUCACUGUGGCUGUCGGUGCACAAAUGUAAACAUUCUCGUCGGUUGGUUGCUCACUCUUAUGUUGGCUGGUUGAGGAAUGUUUCCUUAACUCUUGGUGUGAUUGGAAACCUGCUUUGAUAUUACCGCCGAGUCUAAUGCAAUUACAAUGAAACGUCGAUGGAGUCUUGUCAGAUGUCCAAAUCACUGCCUGUGUGUUUGUGUGUGCGUGGGUGUGAAUAGGCGUGCCGUACGUUUGAUGGUACUCCCUGACGAUUGUUACGUGAACCUUCACAACAGGAACCCUACGGCCAAAACGGCUUUCUGUGUUGAUGGUUUUUCUAGAGCUUUUUAAAAGUAUUGUAAAUAAAUACAAUGCAUAUACAAAAUGUAUCAUUGUGAUUUGCAAAUCGCCCAUUCCAACUAAAUUGAAAGCACAAAUGGCUUACCUUCCUUUCUUGACAAAAAUGCCAACUUCAGUAUGUUUCCACAACUUGUUCCGUUCAAUACAAUACUGCAACUGUCAUUUCUUCAACAUUUCCCUUACUUUGUAAUGCACUUUUUAUGUAGUUUGAUACACAAUGAUACCCGAAUUGGGACAGUUUGGUAUUGAGUUGUAUUCUCCCCCUCCCCACCAAAAUGUAAACCACUACCUAUAGACGUGAUAAGACUGUUUCCUUGUUGUGUCGGGUGUAUGUUUGAUGGCUUCAAACUCCUUUUGGUGUCCUGAACGCAUCAUGGCCAUCUGUUACUUACCCUUCUGCAACUUUUUU